GGGGAGAUAAUAAAUCUAUAUGCAGUCAGUAUAAGAAUGAAAUAAAUAACAAAAGCCCAUGUUGCAAUGUUUUAAUUAAUAGAGAAAUGAAUAAUAAUACUAAUAUUAAUAAUAAUAAUAAUAUAUGUAACAUGGACAAUAAUAAUAAUAUAUGUAACAUGAACAAUAAUAAUAAUAUAUGUAACAUGAACAAUAAUAAUAAUAUGUGUAACAUGAACAAUAAUAAUAAUAUGUGUAACAUGAACAAUAAUAAUAAUAUAUGUAACAUGAACAAUAAUAAUAAUAUAUGUGAUAUGAAUAUUAAUCAUAAUUGUUGUCAAAAAAAUUCCUCGUUGUGCACAUCUCCAGCCUCCUUACUUUCCUUAUAUUAUUUAUCAGAACAUAUUCUACAAUUUCAAAAAGGAACCAUAAAAUAUAUACUACAAGAUUUAAGAGAUAACUGUCUUUCCAACUUAGCUUAUGAAUUACAGAAUAUAACAUUCCAAGAAUAUUACAUGGCAAUUCAUUAUUUGAAUAGAUAUAUAGACGAAUCGAAAUGUUAUGAUGAUAUUUUUUUCCUCUUGAAAGUAUUAGCAAAAAACAUAGAAAUUAAAAAAAUACCAAGUGCAUAUAACGAAGAACAACAAAAAGAAUUCUUGAAUUCACUAACAAUUAUUAGCAAGCAAAUUAAACAUAAACGUUCACAUGAAAUAUCAUCUAAUAACAUGAAUAAUCAUAGUGUGGACGAUGAAUAA